AUGUCAGAUUCUGCCGAACCUUCCAAGACCAACGGACAAAUCAACUCGCUCGUUGGAACAGCGAAAGUUCUAGUUGGAAACACUAUUGAAACAGCUUAUCAAGCUGUCGGAGGAUCUACUGAACCCUCUUCGUGGACUACCGCAGGUCAAAAACAACAUGAUCAAGGUGAAGCUGAAAUCACAGCUGCCAAAGCACAAGGUUACGUAGAAGGUGCCGGAGACAGAUUGGAAGGCAAAAAAGAUUCAAUAGUGGGAGCUAUUACUGGAGAUAAAACUCAACAAACUUCAGGUAACCUUCAACACGAUAAAGGUCAAGCUCAAAUGAAAGUUAACGAGCCUCAGAAGAACGAUCGAGGCGUUGAUUUGUAG